GCAAGGAGACACACAGCUUCAACCACGUCCCUCCGCUGUCACCCCCUGGCACUGAGAGACGUCUGAUUUUGCGGAUUACUGGAUGGAAAUGUCUGAUACAGUUAAACCUCUAACUUCCUUCCUCAUUGAAGACAUUCUCUCCAUUAAGGACGGCACAAAAUGUGAUGGAAAAUGCAGUUCACAGAAGAUGGAAAGAUGUUCACAGUGGAAAGAAGAGUCUGAAAAGUUGUCAGAGAAACUCUGCCCUCAGGAGACAACAUUUGGAGUGCAUACAGAGUCUCUGGACACAUCCUGUCCCAGCACAUCGGAGACCAACACAUUCUCCUCCACAGGGAAACAGAAGCGCUCCAGGGCUGCGUUUACACACCUGCAAGUGCUUGAACUGGAGAAGAAAUUUAACCACCAGAAAUACCUGUCCGCCCCCGAGAGGGCUCACCUGGCCAGCACCCUAAGACUGACGGAGACCCAAGUGAAAAUCUGGUUUCAGAACCGGAGGUAUAAAACGAAACGAAAGCAACAAACGUCAGAGUUCUGUAAGGAUGUGUACAAAGGAGAAGGACUGGGUCUGAGAGAGGAUUUGGUCCGAUCAUCACUAAUCACCUCCUUCUGCAAAGCUUAUCAAUACAGACCGUACCUGUGGGACUACAGUGGCCCCUGGGGGCCAACGUUAUGGCGAAAGUGAAAUGAUGCAUGAAGCUAUGAUUUAUAACCAUAAGCCUAUGUUUAGUAUUCCUGAUAUUUAUGUUCCUCAUCAAAGCUGACCAUGUGUUACCUUUCAGCGGGCUGCCUCUUAAAAUGGCUUUGCACAAUGAACCAUUUGAACUUGUGGCAACAGUGUUGAUUCAUUCAUUAAAAAAAUAAUGUUGAUACAUUUUA